AGCGGGCGGGCCACGUGACGGCCGGCGGCCAAUCGGGAAGCGCUUCGUGUAGGACCGUCGUUCUUGCCUUGGCGCGCCGAGGUUAUAAGGCAGCUCGGACGGGUUCCACUCAGGGAUUACGGGGCGAGACCGGCGGCCGGAAUUCUACAAUGGCUACUACACAAUCAAUGUUCUUAUUUGCACUCUGCAUUUUAAUGAUAACAGAAAUAAUACUGGCAGCGGAGAGUUAUUAUGACAUUCUAGGAGUUCCGAAAAGUGCAUCUGAGCGCCAGAUUAAAAAAGCAUUUCAUAAACUAGCAAUGAAAUAUCAUCCAGACAAAAAUAAAAGUCCUGGAGCAGAAGCAAAAUUUCGGGAAAUUGCAGAAGCAUAUGAAGUUUUAUCUGAUGAAUAUAAACGCAGAGAAUAUGACCAGUUUGGAAGUACAGAUGGACGACGGAUGAAUGGAAACCCAUUUCAACACUCAUUUAACUUUGACUUUGAUCGUUUCCUUAAAGACUUUGAUUUCUUUGGUGAAAACUCCAAUGCAAAGAAAGAUUUUGAAAAUCAUUUUCAUAGUCAACAGGAGGCUGAGAGCAGACAAAGACAUGCUUUUCCAGAAUUUAAUUUUGGAGGGGGACUGUUUGAUGACAUGUUUGAAGAUAUGGAAAAGAUGUUUUCAUUUAAUGGCUUUGAUAAUACACAGCGGCAAACAAUGCAGACUGGAAAUAAAUUCCAUGGCUCUAGUAAGCACUGCAGAACUGUGACACAGCGCCGAGGAAAUAUGGUGACCACAUUCACCGAUUGUUCUGGACAAUAGUUACUUUGCAGUUCCUUUUGUUGUAUGCUGUCCUGAAUUUCCUUUUGGCUCUAUUCUUUGCUGCUGAAGCACACAGGUUCUGCAAACCAUGAAUUUGUAGUUUAAUCACUUUAAGUGCUGAAAAUAUGUUGUAGCUAAAUUGAUAAAUAUUACAAGUGCAACAAAACAACCUUAUUCCUUCAGCUGCAUAGAAUGUGCUUGUGGAGAAAAUUUCCAUAUGACAGUGUUAGAUUGUAAUAACAGAAGCAAGGUAACCGAAUUACCUCACUAUUCACUUUAUAUUUUAAACUCAGCAAAGUGUUGUAUACUAGAUAAUAUUGUCAGGCUUCUAUUUCUAGAAGUGUUAACUGGUGAGUGCUGGUGUGAUUUUUUAUUAGCACAGAAUUUACUAUGUAAUUCUGUGUUACAUUGACAAUAAUGACUUACAAAUACAGUAAUAUAUUUAAAUAUGGUAUAUUUUGAAUAGCAUGAUUUGAUUUAGCAAAACUGACAUUUCAGAUGUAAAAGAGCUUUGAAUUGUACAGGUUUG